AUGAAAGUCCUAACUAUUGUCGCACUAUUUUUGUCAUGCUUCUUGGCUACUGCACUGAGAAAAAAGCCCAUUUGCAAAAUGUGCGAAAAUUUUGUCGAAGAGGUGGAUGCCGUUGUCAAGAAAGAAGGAGAUGUGGCCGCAGCCCUUGAGAAAUUUUGUCACGAAGUCUUGAAUUUUCUCAUCGAAACAUGCCAGAAGAUGAUUUUGAAAAAUCUCAAAUUCAUCAUGGAAAGAUUACAGGUGCGACUAUAACA